AUGGCAUCAACUCUGGUAUUGGUUGUGGUUUUUAUCUUUGAUUUGAUUGCUUUUGGACUUGCUGUUGCAGCUGAGCAGAAGAGAUCUUCUGCUAAAAUUGCCACACAUGUGAAGUCUAACUACUGCGUUUAUGAUUCGGACAUAUCAACUGGCCUGGGUGUGGGGUCCUUUUUAUUUCUUAUGGCUAGUCAAGCCUUGAUAAUGAUGGCUAGUCGAUGCUUAUGCUGUGGGAGGGCUCUGCUACCUGGUAGUUCAAGGGCAUGGGCAAUUGUCCUAUUCAUCACUUGCUGGGUUACAUUUUUCGUUGCUGAGGUAUGCCUGUUGGCGGGUUCUGUUAGAAAUGCCUACCAUACGAAGUACAGAACCUUUUUGUCUGAAAAUCCUCCUUCUUGUGAAACCUUGAGGAAGGGAGUCUUUGGGGCAGGGGCCGCAUUCAUCGUUUUUACUGGCACAGUCUCUGAGCUUUUCUACGUUAGCUACUCGAAGGCUGAUGAUGGAUUAUUGCCUCAAAGUAGGGAUACUGGAAUAAGGAUGGGAUCUUACCGCUGA